CACAUGCCAUUCAACAUGAACACCAAGCUUUUCAUCCUCCUUGGUUUGGCAGCCUUCGCCGCUGCGGACAGCUUUGAAUCCUACGAAUACAGACCACCGCAUAGAUCCUCUGAGGAGUCUUACGAGUCCGGCGAGGCCAAGUACGACUUCCAAUGGGCCGUGAGCGAUGACUCCUCAAGCAACGAGUUCGGACACCAGGAGGCCCGUGACGGCGACCACACUCAGGGAUCCUACUACGUGCAGCUCCCUGACGGCCGCCUGCAGACCGUCAAGUAUUUCGUGGACGGCGACUCCGGCUACGUGGCUGAGGUCAACUACGAGGGCGAGGCUUCCUUCGAGUCGGGCUCAUCCGAAUCUCGGGAAUACAGAUACGUGUAUGACUCCAAUGAGUCUAAGUAAAAACUAGUCAUAUUUUGCUAUUUGCUAACGACAACUUCAAUGUAUAUUCUUUGGUGUGAAUUUCUAUUUAUUUAUAUGUAUAAAUUGCUAUGAUUAUGAAUCUGUCCCAAAUAUAUACGAACAAAAUAAA